AUGAGUAGCUCUGAGGAAGUGUCCUGGAUUUCCUGGUUCUGUGGCUUGCGUGGCAAUGAGUUCUUCUGUGAGGUAGAUGAAGAUUACAUCCAAGACAAGUUCAACCUGACUGGCCUCAAUGAGCAAGUUCCCCACUAUCGCCAGGCCUUGGAUAUGAUCCUUGAUUUGGAACCAGAUGAGGAGCUUGAGGACAACCCUAACCAGAGUGACUUGAUUGAACAGGCAGCUGAAAUGCUCUACGGCCUCAUCCAUGCCCGCUACAUCCUCACAAACCGUGGAAUUGCUCAAAUGCUUGAGAAAUACCAGCAAGGAGACUUUGGUUACUGCCCCCGAGUUUAUUGUGAGAACCAGCCCAUGCUGCCCAUUGGCUUAUCUGAUAUCCCAGGAGAGGCCAUGGUUAAACUUUACUGCCCUAAGUGCAUGGAUGUCUACACCCCCAAAUCUUCCCACCACCAUCACACAGAUGGGGCCUAUUUUGGGACAGGCUUCCCCCACAUGUUGUUUAUGGUGCACCCGGAGUAUCGGCCGAAACGACCUGCUAACCAAUUUGUGCCCAGACUUUACGGAUUCAAGAUCCACCCUAUGGCUUACCAGCUGCAGCUUCAGGCCGCCAGCAAUUUUAAGAGCCCAGUCAAAACUAUUCGUUGA